GGCCUGGGCCAGCGAUCAUGGCUUUGGCGUUUCUCUUCUCGUUGUUGGCGCAGAGAGUGCCAUGUGUUGGCGAGGAGUUCGAUGCAGACACGCUCAAACGCAUGCAGCAGCAUGAGGUGUAUCUGCGAGAGCAGAUGGCAAAGCUGCUGCUACACAUAGAGAAGAAGAACACGGAGGAGAGCAGGGUGGGCAUGCAAGCCCUGCUCUGUGCUGUGUGGCCUUACUGGAAGGUUUGGAGUGCUCUUUUUCUUACGGUCCUUCUGCUCUGGUUCACGUGGAAGAUCUAUAAAAAGUUCCGGGCAGUUGAAGACAGCAGUGAUGAGGAGAGCUCCCGCGAUGAGGAGGAGCAGCAGAAGCAGGAGGAGGAAGUGCGAGAGGAGGAUGAUCUUUUCCUCCCUGACACGCUCUGGCUAAGCCAAAUUCAUCGAGGCAACUGUGACCAGAUACUCUCGCUGUUUGGUUACCUCAUUCAGUUUUGCCAGUACCUCGUGUCAGAUACUUCCUAUCCAGUGCCACAGCGCCCCAUCGGGGUGGGCAGUGCCUACGAAAGCUGGUUUCCCCUUGAGGAUGAACCUGUCUUUUGCCUGCUUGUGCCCCUGUUGGCCCCCCGUGGGCACGUUUUCCACCUGGAUCUGGGUGCCCCAGGGGAGCUGCCAGCCAGGAACCCCCGUAUCCGUGUGGAGCUGGAAUGCACGUGCGGGAGGGAGCAGGAGAUGGGCAUGCAGUGCUUCCUCCACACCUCCGCAGAAGAGCUGAGAAAUCAACAGCCCAGCCUCCUACACAGCCUCUGCACUGGCUCCUACCUAGAUGUGGAGAAGACUGCCCGCUGGUUCCUGGUGCUGAUCAGAAAUGCCUGGAAGUGCAUGCCUGAGUCUGCAACAUGCAGCAUGAACGUGAUGCUGCUGUCCAGGCGCUCCUGCAGGCUUCAGCUGACAGAUAUCAACAACACAACCGUCUUUGUUGAGAUAGUGUUUGGCGUACAGCAGGACAGAACAGACAUCUUUCUGAGCAGCCAGGAGACAGAGGUUGCCGGUACCCCCAGCACAACCUGGACACAGAGCUGCGCAGUGGCAGAGGCGAAGUUCUUCCAGCAUGUAGCCACCCAUGCCCAGGAGGACAAUUUCUACCUCAGAUACGCGCAAGUGGGUGCCCAUAUCCUGGCGGGCCACAGCUUUUCUACCUAUGAGCUGAAGACAGUGCUCAUGCACCUCCUGACUGCCAACCCGCUGGAAAGCUGGCAUGGGAGGUAUUUUCUGCAGCGGAUGGAUGACACCUUGCGCUACCUGCGCUGCUGUGUGGAGGAGAAACGUCUGGACCACUUCCUCAUUGGAAAUGAGAAGGUGCCAGCAGAGAUUACCCUGCCGCAGGAUUUCCAAGCAUCCCAGCCGCUCAACCUCCUCCAACACCUGGCGGAAGAUCCGGACAGACGUGAGCAGGUGCUGCAGGAGCUGGAGGAGCUGCAAGAUCAGCUCACAAGCCUGCUGAUCUACCAGAAAUGCGAGACAUCCACUUGUCCCACACACAAGCACGCCGGACAGGGAGGAGAUGACACACAGUAGGCAGGGCGAAUUGCUCCCGGAUGUUUUCUCCACAGCAAAUCCACCGUGGGGUAGCCAGAGUGCUGCAGUACAUGUGCAGCACAAGGGAGCAGCUGGUGUGGGACAUGCUACGCUUCCUCCACCACUCUGAGGACCAGCUGAGGAGAGAGCAGAUGCCCACCCUCCUACAAACCCUCUGCGGCAACGCCUACCUAGAUAUGGAGGAAACCGCAACCUCCUCCCAGGAACUGGUGAGGGAAGCCUGGGUGGCUAUGCCUCAAACGUCCACAGUGCAGCUCAAGUUGCAGCCCUCCGUCCGCUUCUGCAAGCUCCGGCUCACAACCACCUCCCCUGGAUUGAGCUCAUGCUCGGUGUACAGCAAGAGGACUCGGACACAUUCCAGAACUUUGAGUAGGCAGGGGCUGUCGUUAUCAGCGGCACGAGGUGGCCGCAGGGACGCGCUGCUUCACAAAACAGCCAGGCAUGCCUGGCGCAACAGAUUCCAUCGCAAACACCUGCAGCUCCAUGGCCCUGCGCUGGAAGGUGGCUACAAAACCACUGACACCCAAUUCUACUUGCCAUCUGCUGCAGAGCUGAGCAUGCUGGCCAUGGAGAAGACACUGCCCAACAAGCAGGUGGAAGUUCUCUCCAAAGGAAAACCACACCCGAGGGAGCCACACCCCACGCAGGUGAAGAGGCCGCUGCAUGGACGCUUGAAGCAGAGACUGCUGUCAACAGCUGGGCACAGACCCACCCACGUCUCCGUCAGAGUCCCUCUGCUCUGCAAGCCUGGGCCUCUACAAAAAGGGGAGAAACUCUCUGCUCCCUGAGCGUCCUGCCCAAGGAGAUGCCCCCAGAGGCAGCGCCCAGUGCUGUGGGAACGGCGACUGAGUCCUGAUUGCUGAUGAAAAAGGGACUACAAUGAAGCUCUGCCUCCAUCUCGGCAGGAAGAAGCACAACAGCAGCAGCCCUUAGUGGGGUGCACAUAUCCAGGAAUGGUAGCUAACUAAUGCGGCUAUUUUGCAUACGGCUGCAAAAAUGAAGCUCUGAUCUGUUCUAAAAAAACAAAUAAUACGAUUAAAAAAAAAAUCAACAGAACAGAGACUUGUGUUAUUUUCAUAGGGAAUAAUUAGCUCCCCCUUGUUACUAGAUUUCAGAGCUAGCACUCCCUGAUGCCAGGGCUGGCUGCCCCACACCUCAGGCACUGCCAAGCUGACCACAGGAGGGAGGCUGCAUCACAGAAGUGCUCCACUGGUAAAAUCGAAAUUGCUUUGCAACCACAUUGGCAGCAUACAUGUAGUACCACGGCACAGCCCGUGCCUGUACAAUGCUUGCAAGCAGAGGCAGGUCACACGGAGGGCACCCAGACCUGCUCAGCCUGCCCACAGCACCUCUUCCCAUCCUCUUACUGAAGGCUCUGCAGCCUCAGUGUGAUAUGUUGAACCACUGGCGUUUGAGUGAAUUACAAAGCGCUGAUUUUUGACCCUGUGGCAGAUGAAUAAACGUAACAAGCUGCACACAAGCUUAGGCAGCUAAGGUUUUUACAGACUCUGCAGAGGAUCAUGGGCGGCUGUAUGGCAAACAGGUAUACAGGUAUUGGACCAGAGAGAUUAUCACGUUACAAAGGAAUAAUGAAAUA